GGUUAGAGCCCUCUUUUUCGGAUCAAGGGGUCGGCGUUUUGGAACGCGAAAGGAAAGUCCCCUGUUUCCCAAGCUUAUCAUUCUCGAACCCCAAUUCUCUAUCUGUCUCCUCGUCAUCUGAAGCCGCCCAAAGCUUCGAAUCGAGGAGAGAAUCCCUCUUCCUCUCCUCCCUUCAUUCCAAACUUGUUCUAUCAACUAAUCCUCUCUAAAUCUUUUCUUUGGCAUCGGGAGAUUUCGAUUCAAUUCCAAAGCUUUGUGCUCCAUGGAUCCAUUUUUUUGAUUGGUUCUCAACCAUGUUUACUGGAAGUUUGGAUUUAGCUAUGGUUUUCUUGAUUUUUUGAUAACAAGCGAUGCUUUCUUUUAGGGGUUUUUGGAGUAGGCAUAGGAGGAAGGUAUUUGCUGCUCUUGGAGUAUUUGGGAGUGGGUAUGUUAUUUAUAAGCUCUACGAUGCUCAUAGAAGAAGAAUUUCUGAUUUGGAGAAGCAGCUGGAAGGCGAGAGACAAGUUAAUGAACUCAUUAGGGCCCAAUUGCAGAAGCAUUUUGAGAGCAUACAAAGAAUUUCAGAUACGACGACGCUGCCGUAUGCUAUGCACUAUCUGCGGUCUCGGAUAUUGGAGGAAUUGGACCUUUCGCAUUUGACUGAGAAGCUAAUGCAAGGGAAGGCACAAUCCAACGCCAUUACAUCCAAAGAGAAGCUCGAGCUCUGGGAAAGGCUCAAAGUUCUGAGUUUCACGAGAACAGCUUCGUCCUUGUGGUCAGUGACAAUGCUUUGCCUAUAUGUUAGGGUUCAGGUCAACAUCUUAGGGAGGCAUCUCUACCUAGAAGUUUCUCGUGGUUCGGAAGGCUCUCAGCUUCUGGAUGAAUCUGACUCAUUUAGCAGGCACGGACAGCAAGACUUUCUAGCAACUGCUGAUUAUCUUUCUGCCCAUGGCAUUGAUACAUUGAUUAUGAACAUGCAGAAAGCUGCUAUGGAAGUUCUGAAAGAAAAGCAGCUCAGGGAUCCUUUUAGCAUGGUCCAACUGCGUAAAACAAUAAUACAGAUACUGGAGUUGUUCAUGAGCAUCGGUGGACCUAAUUGCUGGAUGAGUUACUUGAUACCUGAGAAUGCAAUUGCAUACAGGCAACUGAUGGUCACAUCUACCAAUGAUUCCUUCAAUCUUAUGGAUGUCGGCAAACUUGAGCAGCUAAUGUCAGAGACACGGUCGGUGCUAUCAAGCCCUGAUUUUGGAAAUAUUGUGGAGAUAUCAUUGAAGAAGGUGGUCGACAUGCUAGUCGACGAUAUCAGCACGCAGCUUGUAGGGAUGAGUCCACCCUCAGGAGUUCCCUUGGCUAAGCUCUUGCCGCGAGUCACACAACUAUGCCUGCCACUGCUCGAGGAACCCAGCAGCAACAAGUUCGUUCAGACCAUCCGAGGCUUGCCGGAUGUUGAACUGUUUUACACCCUUCUGUAUGCAAACAUGUGCAUACAAUCUUGAGUUAUUCCAGAAGAAAUAUGACCAAUUUAUGCAUUGCCAUCCAUACAAUACUGGAACAUCAUUUACAGAGCUUGGUUUUUAGCGUGGGGUGGUGGAUACCCCAAGAGAAAUAUAAAGGUAGCGGGGAGGUUGAUCAGAAGCUUGUGUAUGUUAAGCUUUGUAAUACCUUAUUCUUUUAGCUGUGGCUUCCAUCAUUACUUAGAUUUUACUUGUACCACUACCAUUAUUAAGUCUGUCUCUGAAUGCUUUCUAGUUUACAUGCAUGAAUGCAUUCUAGAUUCCGAAA